CAGAGGCUCACAGUUACACAGGAAGUUGAAAAAAAACUGGGCUUGCUGUUAUACUGCAUCCCACGUUUAUCAUCAUGGACGUGUCCUUAGAAGAUUAUAUCGUAGAUCAUAGCGUCAAUUUCCAAGUUCAAAUCAGUAAUCCCAAUGCACUGACAACCAAGGGUCAAGACAGAGGGCGUGGGCGUGGUCGGGGGAGAGGACGUGGCAGAGGUGUAGGUCGUGGAGGAUUUCAACAGCGUGGUGGGCUCUUCACAUCAAAAACACAAAGAAACCAAAACCAAGGACAGUUUGGUGCGAUCUCCAAACCUAUUUCAGUGACAGUGAAAAAUAACUUUGAUGCUAGAGACACAAUUGCGAAGAAAAAGAGACCACUGGAUGCUAGAAAUAAACUUGUUGCUAAAGCCAAAGUCAGUGAUGCUAGGACAAAAAUAUUGAAUUUGAAGGGAAACAAAGGUGGUUUGUUAAACAAAGGACAGUCUAAUAAAGGCUCAGAUGCCAGAGCUAUGAUCCUUGCUAGAAAAAAUGCCAAACAAUUUAUGCCUACAGGCAACAGAGCUACUGCUGGUGCUGUACAGUCGACAUCUAGUAAUCUUCUCCGAACAGUAAAUCAGGAUGUGGCAUCAGGCAACUUCCAAAUAACUAGGAAGGUGCCGGGAAACCAGUCUGGUGUUGAGCUGUCAGGUGAUAGUGUUGUGAUUACCCGUACCCUCCAUGGCUCACAGUCCCCAGAGCUUUCUGACAGUCCAUACUUUACCAAGACAAUCAACAACAAGCAGGGGCUUGGAAAACUGCAGCCAAACAUACGAGGACCAGUGAUACAAUUACAAAAUGAAAUGUUCCAGGCCCAUCCGCGUACACAGCCCAUGUACAGUCAGGCCAUGAUGUAUGAAGAAGUCCAGGACAGUGACCCCUGGGCACAAAUUAGCUAUCCUAGCGAGAAAACUUUAACAGUGAAAAUGCCACAAAGUCACUCACAAUUUAGUAGAGCACCACAACAAAAAUUCCAGAUGAACAAAAUUACAUUUGAUAGUGAUAGAAUGGUACCUGCAACACAGAUUUCUCCGCCUACAGCCAUCAAACGGAAGGCAGCUGGAGAUGCAUUGUCACUGACAACCGGUAAACAAUUACGACUUGGUGGUACAGUUACCAUGGCUAAACAGAUGCGACCAAUCGCACAGGUAUCACAACCUGCACCACAGGUUGUCAAACGUACAAAAGUAUUAAAACCAACUCCAACACCAGUCGUAGUGGAAGAGGAGGAAGAUUCAGACGUGGUACUCAGUCCACUACAAGGGUAUAGGAUCCUGAUCUCAAAUCUCCAUGUCAUUGUCACACAGGAUGAUAUAAUCGAGCUGUUUGGUGCUAUUGGUCCAAUGAAGCGAGCACGUCUGGUCAAGCCUGGUACGGCCGAAGUUGUUUACGUCCAGAAGGAGGAUGCUUUGAAGGCUGCCCAGAAAUACCACAACAGAGAAUUGGAUGGCCAGUCAAUGCAAGUGAAGCUGAUAACACCAGCCAAAGCACCGGUAAAGCAGGCCCCAGAGGUUACAACGUCACCAUCACAGCCAGCGAAGGAGAAGGGUGGCCCCCUUAAACUUGGACAGAACAUAAAGAAGAAUCCAUCAGGAGGAAGUGUAGAACUUAACACACUGCACCGGGCGUUGUUUAAAACGCAAGCAAGCAAACCGAUCAAACCUGUCACCUUCACUGUGAAAAUCUAGUGCUCCUACAUAUAUGUAGUCAUUACUAUGUAGCAUAUUUUCAUCAUUACCAUUUGUCAUUGGUAUUGUUCACACUCAAGAAAGUUGAACCGGGAAAAGGACUCAUCUGGUCAGACUUGGAGAAUCAUGGAAACUACAUCGGAAAUGUCAUACUCAUUCUUCAUUGUAGACAUGCUUCAAGGAACUAGAGACACAGAAUCAUCGUCAUCUGGUUUUAGUGAAUUAAUGUAAAACAUUACUAAAACUAUUAUUUUCUUUGAUGAAUCUUACAUGUAUCCAUAAGUAGUGUUUAUGGUUGUGGUACCUACAGUUUGUUCACAGUCAUGGAGAUUGAUACAAAAUAUUUGUAUGAUCGUUUUUUGGGGGAUUAUUGUUUUGUAAUAUGAUCAGGUAUAAAAAAGUAUUUUCUUCAAAUCAAUGUUGCAAAAUUACAUCAACUUUAAAAAAAUCAAAAUCACUGGAAAGUCAGACAAGCAGUUUCAUGGGAUACAAAUAAGUGGCUGUAACAGCCUAGACAAGCUUUAACCUGUGGCUGUAAUACAGAUUAGUGAUGUUUAACCAUAUUUCCAUUUAAGCUAUUUGCAAAGCUUUUAUUAUAGGAGAAUUUUGAUUUAAGAUGUACCGAGCAACUAAUAUUUGAUGGAAUAUUUUAGUUAAUUGCAAGGAAAAUCAUGAGUAGCUACGUUUUGUUUGACACAGUAAAGUUGAUCAGAGCUUUGCAUGUGUUAUCUUGACGAUUUACAUUAGAUCAUCAAGGCUUUCUGUGAACUGAAAUGAAGCUAGAGAGCAUAUUUCUGCUAUUUUUGUUUAUUAUGUAAACUUCAGUUUGCAUUAUUCAAAAAUGAAAACAAGAUAAUAAAUGA